AAUAUUUUUUUUUCCUAAUUAAUAUUUUGACGAAAUUCAUUUUCAAUGCAUCCAAAUUCAAUUCAAUCCGUCCGUUUGCCAUCUCUACACUAUAUAAAACACACACACAGUAAUACAAAACACCCUCCAACUUCAAUUUUCUCCAUACAAAAAAUAAUCCACUUUUAGUUCCUAAUUUUUUUUUAAAAUGAAAUUUUUGAUUUUCCUAAUGAUGUUUCUUGCUUUAGUUCUAGUAACAAAUGGGAAUAAUAAUAAUCUGGUAGAAUCAACAUGCAAGAACACACCAAAUUAUGAGUUGUGUUUGAAAACUUUGUCUUCAGACAAAAGAAGUGAAACAGCAGGGGAUGUAACAACAUUAGCACUAAUUAUGGUGGAUGCUAUUAAAUCUAAAGCUAAUCAAGCUGCUAAUACUAUUUCAAAACUUAGGCAGUCUAAUCCUCCUCUUGCUUGGAAAGAUCCCUUAAAGAAAUGUGCAUUUUCAUACAAGGUAAUUUUAACAGUAAGCAUGCCAGAAGCCAUAGAAGCAUUGACAAAAGGUAAUCCAAAAUUUGCAGAAGAUGCAAUGGUAGGUUCUUCUGGUGAUGCACAAGAAUGUGAAGAAUAUUUCAAAGCUACAACUACUAAAUAUUUACCACUUUCUAAAUUAAAUAUAGUUGUUCAUGAACUUUCUGAUGUUGGUAGAGCUAUUGUAAGAAAUUUAUUGUGAAAUGUCAUGUCAUGUUAUGUUAUGUGUGUUCUUCACAAAAUUAGUGACAUGUGUAAUA